UUUACUCAUUUAUGGCGGAUUAUAUUAAUCGUAAAAUCAUAUAUGUAACUUACAAGCCCAUUUUUUGUAAUCAAAUUGUUUGUUAUAAAAAAAAUAAAACUUAUUCAUUUAAUAAAACAUUAGAAAUGGUUCGUGUUAAUGAGAAGAAUUCGAAAUCUAGCUGUCACUCCACACAGUCGGAAUCGAAAUGUCCCAAAAGUGUCAAAAAGUACAAAAAUCAAAGUGCACUGCACUGUCGAAAUCCAUUUCUAAUAUUCCUGCAACAGUUCCGGAACAAGGAAAGGACACAAAGGUACAACAUGUCCGCUUUUGAGAGUUCUGCGGUAGCUGGACAUUUGUGGCAGCGUAUGACGGAUGCGGAGAAGACACCCUAUAUUCGUAUAGCGCACAAAUACAAUUACGUAUUCAAGUCGAGGAAUAGAAAAGUGAAUUGGGUUCUACGGAAACUACGUCAGGUCUUGGCGGAUGGAAAACUUGAACUGCAUUUCAUGAUGCAGCUGGCAUCUAAAAUGGCAUCUUGGAAUGAACGUAUUAUGAGUAACGUAUUUGGCCUGGAUGACGAUUCAAGCGAUGACUGUGAAGACGAUGAAUAAACCGAACUUCAAAAAAAAAAA